AUGGCUUCCUCACGAGAAUCCUCCCCAGCGAGGAGCUCUAACCCAAGCUCACCAACUCAAUUGACGCCGAAUUCGAAGGUCAAGGCCAUGCUGGCAGCUUUGGACGACGAUUCGGAAGAUGAAAGCGUUAGCAGCUCUGCGAGAGCAAAUCUAAUAUCCAAGUUCACGAAGCGUGGUACUUCGAAAUCACCAGGUCCUCAACGCGUCGAAUCACCAACGAAGUCGGCCAGCAACAAAGACUCUGCAGAGCCCGAGAAGGAUAGUGAGGAUGAGGAAGACGAAGAAGAAAUUGUGCGACCUAAAGGACGAAUGGCUGCUCGUAUGCAGGUUGCUGGAGAGAGUUCAGAAGAGGAGGUACAACCCGAGAACGCGCGAGAACGAGUCAAGACGUUGCUCCUGGCAAAGAGCAAAUCGCCAAAGCCUUCUACCAACAAUGAAGGCAGCGAUGGAAGUGCCGAGAGCGAUGUCCCUGUGGUAUCUCGGAAACGCAAGAUUCGAACAACGCGUCAAGAAACGCCAAAGUCCAGCAAACCGAAAGCUGCUGCUUCUCCGGGUCUUUUUGUCUCGCCUUCACGACCGAAGUCUGCCGGCCCAGGAAGCAACGCAUCCGAUUCUGAUGAGCUACCAGCCCUCGGCGAUGAUAAAUUCAAGGCGCUCGUGGAAAGGAAACGCAAGGAGCUUCAAGAAAAGCAGAAAGAGGCUGCAGCUGAGAAGGCCAAGAAGUUGGCUGAACGAAAGAGGCACGCCCAAAUUCUUGAGGAGGAUGAACUUGAGCUCAGUGAUGAGGAUGGAAGACGGCGUCUCACGCAACCAAUUCGGAAGGCGGGUAAGAAGGCCCAGGAGGAAAUUCGAAGAGAGACACAACGGAUGAGUCGAAAUCAACAAUUAGCUCACAAUGCAACAACGAAAAAGAAGUUCUCCAAGAAGGAUUUCUUUGCACGAAUGAACUACAGGCAGGAUGGCAAGGCCGAUGCUGAGACCGCUCGACCCACGAGCUCUAGCUCUGCUGCACCCCACUCGGAUGUUGAGAUGAAAGAUACGCCACCGACUUCUCCAUCGUCUCCUAAUUUGGAAAAGCCUAUAAGGAUUGCUUCUCUCCCUCCUGCUAUUAUCGAAGCCGAGGAAAAUGACGAUGAUUUACCUACUCUGGAAGAUGCCUUGACCCGGUUACCCUCAUCACCCCCAGUGAAAUUAGACAAAGGCAAAGGAAGAGCUGUCGAGGAGCCAACACAGGAAUCCAAAACCCAGCAAAAGAAGUUUAUGUUUACCCAGCCGAAGAUUCGGCAACCGAAAAUGGCCGGCAAGCAAUCAAUUAUGGCGGGCGACUCGGACAGCGAUCUUGAGAUUGUCAGUGUGAAGACACCUAAUGCGAGAAACAAGAAGCUUGAUUCUAUAUUCAACCGCAUUCCCGAGAAACAAGCAAAGGAAUCGCAUUCCCUUCACGCCUUACGCAUGUUAGCACAUCUAACGUCGCCUGGGAAGAAGAAUUUUGGCAAGAAUAGGAAGCCAGGAAUGACAACUUCUGAACUCCAAGUCUCACUUCAACAACGUGCUAGACAACAGGCAACGCGUGAGCGCGAAGAACGUUUGCAAGCCCUUAGAGACAAAGGUGUUAUUGUUCAGACAGCUGAAGAACGAGAGAAGGAAAAUGCCGAGGUCGAGGAUCUUGUUGAGAGAGCUCGACAGGAAGGGGAGGAGAUCCAGAAGAGAGAGAAGGCAGCUGCGAAGAAAGAGCGAAAGGAAAAGGGUGAGGUUGAUCCUCUUGGCGAUGAUAGUAGUGAUGACGAGGACUGGGAAGAGGAGAAGGGCAAGACAGGCAAAGUUGGUUCUGAUUCUGGCUCUGAUGGGGAGGAAAUCGAAUUUUCUGGAAGUGAGGAGGGAGACGCUAGUGGUGAAGAGGAGGAUGAAAUGGAUUUGGAUGGGGACGAGGCAUCAGAAAGCAAAAUUUCAAACCCGUUAUUUGACAAUGAAGCUUCUGACACGGAGGACGACGAAGCAGAUCCGGAUCCAUUUAUUGACGAGGAAAUGGCUGAAGAUGGUGACAUCGAUGAAGACGAGGAGCAGCAAUUACCUGUCAAGCAGAAGCGCCGGCGCAACAGAAACACCAAUGUCAUUUCUGAUGACGAAUCUGAAGAUGGAGAUACCAAGAAUAUUACACUCGCGGCUCCUCAAACCGAUUCGCCCAUGCAACAGAAAAAGUCUCCAGCUGCACCAAAUUCAGUACUACGCUCCGCUACAAAGACAUUCAUUCCGGGACUGACCGUCACUGGACCAGUUGGCUUGGGUUUGACGCAAAUUUUCGCCGGCACCAUGGAUGAGAGCCAGGAACCACCCUUUACAGAACCCAAUGGAGAUUCACAACAGAUGGAGACCCAGGAUGACUCCAUGGCCUUUUUGAAGAGAUUUAACGCCCCAGAAUUGCCACCUUUUGUACCCACAAUGUCAGAGGACACACAGACACAGGACCAAGGUGUGAUCAUGGACAGUCAACCCAUUCUACCUGAAUCUCAAGCAAUGGAUCUCGAGUCACAGCAGAUUCAAUUGCAGUUCUCACAGUCACAACUGCAUGACUUUGGCACUCUAGCAGAGAGCACUCAAAUGUCUCCUUUUCCCGCCACCCAAGAUGUCGGAUUUCAACACAUGACACCCAUCCGAGGUCGAUUCGUUGAUGCACCCCCUUCUACUGUGGAAACUGUUAUCCUGGACCCCACAGCCGUACCAGAAACCAUGGAUGAAACACCUAUCGCCAAGAAGAAAGGCAAGCUUCGCCGAAGAGCUCCAGCUGUUGCGUUUUCAGAUGAAGAGGACCUCGUUGAACCGCAGGAGAAGGUCGUUGAGGACGAGGAUUUUGAGAUUACAGCUGAUGCGUUUGAUGUUAUGCGUAAAGCCUCCAAGAAGAAGCCUAUCGUUGUUGAUGAGUUCGACAAGAAGAACAGUAAAGCCAAAGAGAUGGUGAAUGAGCAAGCUGAGGAAUCUGAGGAUGAAUACGCCGGACUGGGUGGUGCAAGUGAUGACGAGAGUGGUGGAGAAGAGGAUGCCUUGAUCAAGGCAAUGGUUGAUGAUGAAGGAGGGGAGAAAGUGGAUGAGAGAAAGCUGGCUGCAUUCUUUGCUGACCGUGAAAGAGCAAGCGACGAGAAGCAAGUUGAGAAACUUUACAAGGACAUCACGAACGGCAUGCUCCGUCGCAAACGAGGUGCAGACUACGACCUCUCGGAUUCCGAUGAUGGGGGCGAAGCAAAGAGACGCCGGAAGCGGGCAGAUUUCGCCAAGAUGCGGAAAGCUCUUCUGGCUGAUGAGCGUAUUGGAAAGAUUGCCGAGAAUCCAAAGCGACAAGCUUUCCUCCGCGCACUUGAGGACCGCGGUAGUGAGGAUGAGAUGGACUUCCUUGAAGACUUCGCCGAACAAGGGGAAGGAACCGACUCUCAGUCCCAAUCUCAAGCAGGAGAUUCUCAAUCUCAACAAGUGGUUCCCGACAGUCAACCAACUUCAAUGGGACCUCCCAAGCGGAAAUAUUCUGAGGACUCCACAGAAGCGGAGAACAGACCUCCACCAAACCUCCGCCGUACAAAGAAUGGAAAGAAGCCUUCAAACCUCACGGAAAUCCGAGAAUCACUCUCGAGUCUGAUUGAGGAACCAAACGCCAUUAUCGCACCUGCCGAUUCGGGCUCCGAGUCGGAAGACGAGCUAGAAAUUGAAGGAGAGCCUAAAAUCCAAGCCCAAAAAGAAAAUAGAGAUCCAUUUGCGCUUCGAAGAGGCAAAGUGGCAGUCAUCGACCGCAUAUCACUGAAACGCGCCUCCUCCAGCAGCAUCUCAACCAACACACGCCUCGCAUUCGCAACCUCUUCUUCUGUAGCUCAGUUCAAAGUCCCGCCCUUGCUUAGACGCGCUACCACCAAUAGUAGCAUUGCUUCUUCCACAACGUCGAGUGUUAGCGGUGGGAUGAGCGCUACAGAGCGCAUGGCUGGUGGUGCUGGGAGUGAAGGGGUAAAGAGGGGUGGUGGGCGGACUAGCGGGGUGAAUUAUUUUGCACGGGAGACGGAGAGGAGGGCUAAUGUUGUUAAGACUGAGAAGAGGAGGCAACAGAAGAGGGUUAAGGGCGCGGAGGGGAGGAGGAAGGUCGUGGGUGGGUUAUUUGGGGGUGGAAAAUUUGAGUGA